UCCAAAAUGGCAGAGGACGAUGGACUUCCACCAAACAAGAGAAACAAGUUUGAGAAAAAUGUUUUAAUAGGAGUUACCGGAAGCGUAGCGAGUAUAAAGUUACCGAAACUUGUAGACGAGCUGCAUCGCUUACAACCAAAGCCAAAUAUCCAAGUUAUUGCAACAGAACACUCGAUGCACUUUUUUGAUAGAGACAAAAUUCCUGUUAAAGUUUUUAGUGAUAAGGACGAAUGGGAGGCAUGGAGUACAAUGCAAGACCCAGUUCUGCAUAUUGAGCUGCGACGCUGGGCUGAUAUUAUGAUUAUUGCACCACUUGAUGCCAAUACUAUGGCCAAGUUGGCAAAUGGUUUGUGUGACAACCUCUUGACCUGCACAGUCCGUGCAUGGGAUCUUAAGAAACCUUUGCUCUUCUGCCCAGCAAUGAACACGCUAAUGUGGGAACACCCAAUCACCUCAGAGCAGGUUGAACGGCUUAUUAACCUCGGAUAUACGAAUGUUCCACCAAUUAAAAAGACCCUGGCCUGUAAGGACACCGGUAUCGGGGCAAUGGCUGAGGUUACAAGUAUUGUAGCAAUAGUAAAAGAUCACUUGGAGAAGAUGAAAUGAUACCAUAAUCUUCCCUUUCUUAGUUUAUAUAAUAUCAACCAGAAUUCUGUAGGUUCCAGUUCAAACAUUACUCUAAGCCAUAUAAACAAACACUAUGCAUUACAAUUAACUGACUAACAUUUUUGGCAUUUUUAGCAAUUCCUGUUCAACUAAAUACAUCGCAUUUGUUUGAGAUUAAAGUAAAUUUCUACAUUAUGUUCUGCAACUAAUAGAUCAAACCCAAUUCCCUCAACCUCUAAGGGUACUGAAUUUAACAUACUGUAACAGUAUUCAUUCACCAUUGGUAGUCCAGCUAUUACUUCUGGACCUUUUGGAAUGCAAUGUAUAUGUUGUGAUAUUACCUAACACAUUAUUAACAGUGAAAUACAGCUGAAAUAAAUUAGAUUUACAUGUACAGAGAUAAAAUAAAUACUUUCUUUUUUACA